AAUGAGACAAAUAGAAAACAUUCGACGUGACACUUCUGUCAAUGAUGAUUGUGUAUAAUAUUUAAUAUUGUGCUUGUAAACUUUAAGAGCUAUAGAGAUAAGCUUAUUUUAAGUUCAAGGUCGUAAAUCGGAAAUGAUUAGUGUGUCCAUAGGAAUUAUAGCAUUAAAUAGGUUUUAUUUACACCUUUUACUUUGUGACAAUAUUUGAUAUCACGUGACCCUAUAUUGAAUUUUAAUUGGUCAUCGGUGAGCGUGCCCUGCGCGACGCGAGAGGCGCAAUAAUAGUUCACCAAAAUGCCGUCGGAAUCUAAGCCUUUGUUGACAGCCCAAACAGAAAAACCAAAUCAUUAUAAUCCGGCUAUUUCGUUUCACAGAUAUCUGAAGGAAUUCAGAGUAGAGCAGUGCCCGUCGUUCCUACAACAUAAAUGUACACAACAUAGACCUUUCACAUGUUUUCAUUGGCAUUUUAAUAAUCAGAGAAGAAGAAGACCAGUUCGAAAGAGGGAUGGCACAUUUAAUUACAGCGCAGACAAUUAUUGUACCAAAUAUAAUGAAACGUCGGGGAUAUGCGAGGAUGGAGACGAGUGCCCAUACCUACAUCGUACAGCAGGCGAUACAGAACGUCGAUAUCAUCUGCGCUACUACAAAACAUGUAUGUGUGUUCAUGAUACGGAUGCUAGAGGACUUUGUACUAAGAAUGGGGCACAUUGUGCAUUCGCACAUGGUGCCCCUGAUCUUCGCCCUCCAGUUUUGGACAUGAGAGAACUCCAAGCACUGGAAAAUCCUGAUGGGACUGAUGGUGAUGCAGCAGCGCCCAAUGCAUUAGAUAGAGAACGUAAUGUAAUGAAUGAAGAUCCAAAAUGGCAAGAUACAAAUUAUGUAUUAUCAUCAUAUAAAACUGAACCAUGUAAAAGACCACCUAGAUUAUGUAGACAAGGGUAUGCUUGCCCUCAAUAUCACAAUAGUAAAGACAAGCGUAGAUCACCAAGAAAAUAUAAAUAUCGUAGUACACCAUGUCCUAAUGUUAAACACGGUGAAGAGUGGGGUGAGCCUAGUAAUUGUGAAGCUGGUGACGGUUGCGGUUAUUGUCAUACACGUACUGAGCAACAAUUUCACCCUGAGAUAUAUAAAUCCACUAAGUGCAAUGAUGUUCAGCAAGCUGGCUACUGUCCUAGAGGACUGUUCUGUGCCUUUGCGCAUGUCGAACCGGAAGAUUUGACCGGGGCUCGUGAACUUGCCGCGCCACUCGAAUGCGGCACUAAUCUCGCAGAUCUUUUGUCAUCGGCACUGCCAGACAAGAAGGGCGAAGUCAGCGUACUCGGCGCCCUCGGGCUCGAGCGGCGACCACACUCGCCCGCGCCUCACGCUAAUGGGUCCGGCGACGGCUCCGAGUGCGCUUCCACCUCUUCCGGCGGCUCCAGCGGCGGCCGCGCUCCAGCUCGUGGUCUGCUGCCACUUGCGUCCGCGACGCUCGAUCUCGACAAGCCGCAGCCCGCCUGGCCCCCGCGCGCCACCUUCGACGCGACCGUGCUGCAGGAGGUAGUCGGCAAUGCGCUCGACGACCUCCACCUGGACGAUCCGCGCAAUCUCGUCGCGUCGCUCGACCGCGAUCUCUCCGACGGCGAGGGACUACUCGGGGGCUCGGCCCCCGUCAACAUUCCGUCGGCGCGGUCCGCACUCCGCGGCUUCAGCCCGCCUCCCGGCGGGUCGCCGCUGCCGCCCUUCCUGCGCUACACGCCCAACGACACGGAGCGCCUCUUCAACUCGCACGCGAUCAAGGCGGGCAGCUUCGGCGCCUCGGGCGCAGGGCCGUUCGAGUUCGGAGCCGCGUCGCCGUCGGCGCCCGGCGAGCUGUCGCGCCUGCGCGAGGAGGUGGUGGCGUCGCGCGCCGCGGCCGCGCGCUGGGACGAGCGCAUCGCGCAGGCGCGCUCGGCGUGCGAGGCGUGGCAGCGCGAGUCGGACGAGGCGCAGCGCAAGGCGGCGCUGGCCGAGCGGCAGCGCGACGAGGCGCUGGCGCACGCGCUGGCGCUGAAGCGCGAGCUGGAGGCGGCUCGCGCGCCGCGCCGCGAGCUGCGCGGGCUGCCGCUGACGGCGCUGAAGGCCAUGCAGGUGCAGGCGCGCACCGACCUGGAGGAGAUCGAGAAAGUACUGUACCUGGAGACGGCUACCAAGUGUAUGGUGUGUGAGGAGCAGCCGCGCAGCGUGACGCUGGCGCCCUGCAACCACUACGUGCUGUGCGAGGCGUGCGCGGCCACUUCCAAGGAGUGUCCGUACUGCCAGACGCCCGUGCAGCACCACCAGUGAGGCGAGGUGACGUAGUGCGGCGGCCCGCUGAUGACACCGCGCUGCCACUAUCUUUUUGAACUGAAACUUUUCUAAGUUGUAACCCUAAUGACUUACGUCUGAUCUUUUAAUUCUAAAAUGGAAUGUUCUAUGUUUUCUAUACAUAUUACCUCUUUUUACGCGAACUUUACAGAUAAAUUAUGUCUAGAUCGUGUAGUCGUCGGGCCGCCUCCGUAGUAGCUCUCUACUCGUUUUUAUCGCAAAAAAUUAUAAUUAUAAAAAUUAUGUUCUGAGCUAUCUAUAAAUGCUAAAUUUAAAUCUUUCCUUAAUAUUUUUAUAUAUGGGUACAUUGAAGUGUAAUAUCAGAUGAUAAUAAUUAUAGGAUAUAUUUAACUUUAGUGAAGAGCAAGACUUAUUCUGGUAAAUUUAUUGAAUGAAAUGAUGUGCAGGAUUAGGAUUUUCAAAUUUACUGCCACUGACAUUGUAUUUAAUAUUGAGCGACAUCGCGACCCGCGUUGCACUGUAUGAAUACAACUAUUAAACUGACAUGAUUAUUAUAAAAGUGAACACUCAAGGAAAUAACGAAUAUUGAUAGAAUAUAUUAAGAAAUGUUUACCUUUUUUCUACUCUUAUAGUAUAUUUUUAACGAUAGAACAGCAAAUUAUGUGUAACCAAAAUAAGAAUCGUUUAUAUAUUAUCUAAUAGGGUAUAGCUUCAGAAUGUUUUUAAACAAUGUUAUUAAUUAUGGUGAAGGAAUAUACACACCAAAGGUAAAUAAUGAAUAUUGAUAAAUGAUUGUUUAAAUGCAGAUGCGUACAUUUUUAUAAUUGUCUAUUUAAAAUAUAGUGAUUUCUGAAAUAUUUUUCAUAAACAAAUACAAUGUUAUUAUUACCUAGGGCAUGAUAACAAUUAGGUUUGACGUUACAGGUUAAUAUGCUUUCGAUGUCUGAUAAGUUUCGUUUAGACGUGUAUUAGUGUACUCGUUGCUUUUCUCAUAUAAAUUAUACGAAUAUAGCUAUUUACGAGACCUUAUAUUGAACUUAAUAAGAAAUUCUUUAAUCGACAUUAGAAAAUAAAACUGUGUUUAAAAUAAAAAAUAUAAAAAACGAACCAAAUAUCAACAAAAGUGCUUGACCGUAGCGUAUAACAUUGGACACAGGAAUAUUUUCGCAAUAAUCAGUUGUUUAAAUGUUCUAUAGUUGUUUGUAGUACAGAAACAGCACCCGUGUGAAAAUAUACCUGAGUGUGAUUUAUUUAAACGAAAUUAUGUAUUAUUUUAGCAUUAACAUAGACGUUGAUGCAAUGAUAAUUAAAAUAGGAUUAGGGUAUUGACUUUGAAUUGUACGGAAGCGGUAGAUUUAGUUUUAUAUUCGAAGAGUUUUUGCAUGUUCAUAGAAAGUCUAUAUCUAUCUAUAUUGACUAUUUAAAAAACUGUAUGAGUUUAAAUUGACAAGUAUUGUUGUUUCUACACUUGGCUAAACUUAAACAUCAUAUAUUAUAGCUUCCUUCGUUUCGGCACAUUAGCCUGGACCAAUAUCGGUUUGACCUAAUCAGUAUGCAAUCUUAUAUUUACGAUUCAAGAAAAAACUUACUUUUUUAUGUGAAAGAUAUUGCCCAAAUAUUUAACAUUUUUCUCGUCUGUUGAGGGCACUUUUAUAUAAAGUAAUUAUAAAUAUCAUAUUCCAAGCCAAAUUAACAGUCUUGUAUUGUGUUUCGGCUUUAACCAAUACGUUUGGUUGUAGUUGAUUAUUAUUAUUUAAUCGAAAGGAAAACAUCAUCAAAAUGAAGUAGGAGUAAUGUCUCGAUUAGAUCGUUGAGUGCAUUUUAUGUACAUUCCCAUAACGUAGAAGUUUUUUUGUUGUGAUACAUUGAAUUGACUGCAUUUUUUUUACUUUUUAUUAUUAACCAUUUCAUUUUUUUAAAAUGAUUUAUGACAAAGUUAACUCGUAGUUUCGAGUGAGAUUUGAAAAAUAUUUGGAAUUCUGUUAUAUUAUUCGUAUAAAUUAGAAUUUAAUUUAAUAAUUUUGUUUUUAUCUUUAAACUCUUACAUUACAUUACUUAUACAUCUUUUUGGAAUCCAUUGUAACGAAAUAGGUAUUUUAAAAAUGUAUGAAUUACAUUUUGAAAAUCGAAUUGCAUUGUUCCAGUUGUAAAGACAAAUAUAUGUACAUAUAUAACAGAAUUAUGAGAAUAUCUACAAAUACUGGCUUGUAAUUAUCAGUAAUGGUCGUUAGUAGUUGCGUGAUCUUCUGGAACUAACGUUGUAUCGGAUGAACCUAAACUGUUGCUGUGACCAAUACUAAUCCUUUAAACCACUAUAUUUAAUAUUGGAUGCACAAGUUGACAAAUCCGACAUAAUUUUGGAUAAUUUCAGUGGUAGCUUUUCGUUGUACACAAUACUUUGGUGAUAUUCUUCUGAAUUAGGAGCAACUUUUGCAAUUAGAUAGCAUUAAUAUUUUUUGUCAAAAUAAUUUACACAAACCAACGCCUGUGUCACAAAUGCUUGUUCUUGUAGCUUCAAUAUUUCGUUAGUGGAGACGCAGCUUUAGACCAAUGUAGAUUCCGUCAUGAUUUGAACUUUUGUUCUUGUCUAAAUAGGAUGAAUAAUUUAUGUUUGAUUACGUUGUAAUAACAAAAGUAAGAUGCGUCUGAUGUGGUGUUAAAAUAAAUGUAAUGGAAUUGUGCAAUUACCAACGAUCAUUCGAACACAGAUCAGACUCGCUCGCCGUACGGGUGCAUUUCGUUCUCAUCAAUAAAUACAAUGUUGUCUUAUCACGGAAUACGUUUUAAAAUGAUUAUAUUAUAAAUGACUUUUUUCAAGUGAAGAAACGGAACCGCUUAUCUGAGAUUUAAGUUUGUAUAAAAACAGCCAGUUGUUAUUCCACUAUUUAACGUUUUUGUUUUAUUUUAUAUUUUUAAACGUUGACUAAUAGAGAGUAAGCAUCGAUUGUCGAAUCUAUUGAUUUUCAAUUUCCUUUUACUAAAUACAUACAUAAACCUUGUUUUUUUUUUUGGUUAAAAUGUUUAUCUUUGUUUAAAUUAAGAAAUAAGAAUCUAUGAUGAAAAAAAAUAUAUACUCGUAAUCUUAAAAGCUACCUUUAUAAACUAACGCAUUUUAUAGAUUUUUUCUAAUUUUUCUACAAUUUAAAAUAUUCAUAUUUAUAUAUUUUGAAAAAUAAUAAAAUCUUAGUUUUGUUUUUUUGUAUCGGUAUAUAGUAAUAGUAAUAACAAAUUGAAUUUAGAAUAAUAUUUAGAUGUAAGUAGCGUUUUCAAAUUGUAUUGGACAUUACUUUAAGAGUAGUUCGCAAGCAUCGUGCAUUGUAAUCGGAAGCAAUACAACCACAACCGCCUUUUACUCGAUAAUAUUAUAUACAUAUUUAUUGGGGUGACCGGACGUUAUUAUUAUUAUUAUUAUAUAGGUGUUGAAUUCCUUAUCAUUGAGAUCAGCGAGAGGAACAAAGAGAGCAUACAAAGGACGGUCCCCUUUACCUAAAUGUCGAUACGGCACAUUUUGUCAAGGUCUGAGCAUGCACGCUUUUACGUAUGUGUGUAUUGUGUUAGUGUAGGAACAGCCUGAUGGAGGAUUGACGACUUGUGAAAGUACAGGCUAAAGUUUAUCCCUUUUACUAUAUUUCGUAUUUUCCAAUUUUUAAUAAUAAAAUAUUUAUAAAAAGAUAUUUAACACAACGGCUUAUUGUCAAAACUUACAUUACGAUAUGUACUGUCAUGUUAGAAUUCGGAGUAAAAAGUAAAGAUAUUUUCACUAAUAUUUCUCUAGUAUGAAUAGUAUAGACAGAUGCUUAGUUGGCCUAAAUCGUCACAAAUAAUCGUGUGGAGUCUCGUGAAUAAAAUUAGAAGAGAUAAGUGUGAGUAAGUGUUGGAAACAAAAUGUUCUGUGUUGCCAUCGCCUACAGUAGCUUGCUAGUGUUUGUAUUUCUAAUAAUUUUAAAAUUUAGAUGUGUAUUAGAGUCACAUUUAUUUUUAUAUAGAAUCUUUAUCACAUGGAGAUUAACUUUUAUCUAUGAAUUGAAGAAAAAUAUAAUUGAAAGUACGUAUUCAUUGCUUUGUAUUUAAAGAUAUACAUAACUGCACUCAAUUUUGUUUAAAUGCGAUAAUGGAUACUUCAAUAACACAAUCCAAUAUUAUUUCGCCGUUAAAUCAAAACAUAUCAAACAAACAAUACAUCCGUACCAUCACAAUUAGCACAAAAGUACUUUACGUUUGUUUUCAUAAUUUAUAUAUUUAUCAAGAAAGUCAAAACAAUAACAUCUUUGUGCAGAAUGGUAACGUUUAAAUCUGUAACGCGUUAUUUUAAUCGAUUUAUUUAUAUACAUAUAAAUAAAAAUAUUUGUUUUUUUCCAUCUACAUGUACAGGCGUGGUGUGGUUCUUGUUGUUGUUUUUUAUUAUGAGUAUAUUAUUGUAUUAAGCAAAUUAUUUUAUUCUGCAUUACGAAACAGUUUUACAGUUUGCAUUUUAUGUUAGGGUUUUUUAUUUAGGACCAAUUUUGUUUUUAAACUUUUUAAUGUUGUGUAAGCAUAAUAACUACUCUUUUUUUAAAGAUAUUUAAUAUAAUUUUUAAUUAUUUAAUCGUUAGGUAGGUAGGUCCAACAAAUUUUUUCAAAUUAUUAUUGUUAAUUAGACGUGGAUGUUAUAGUAACAAAUAUGUUCACAGAAGAUCAAAUGUAUUUUUUUUUUAAUUUUUAUAUUUAUUACUGUAUGCAUUCAAGCUUGUAAUGUCAUAGUAGGUAUAUUAUAAACAAAGUAAUUUUCAAAUCCAUGUGAUACAAACAUGUAACAGAGAUGAUUAUAAUAUUCUAGGUAGGUAGGUUUAAUAAAUUUUAAAUUCCAUUCAAUAAAA